AUGAUGUCCAACAGCCUUGUUGAUGAACGAGAGGCGAGCACACUCUACAAACAUUGUUGUGACAUCCAUAAAGUUCCGUGUGUUCCUGACAAGUUAGAUGAUUUUAUUGAUACGAUCAACGCUAAACUCCAGCUCAUGUUUAUGCAGAUAAGAAAAGGAAUGUCUGAGGUUAAUGGACGGCAGUAUUACGCCUUAGUGAACAUGGCUGAGACUGAUAUCACUAGAAUGUCCUCUGAUUAUGCAGACAAUGAACUGGAACUAUUUAGAAAAACGAUGGAUCUCAUUGUGAGCUCUGAAAAUGGGAAAAUUUCUUCCACCGAUGCCCUGAACAUCGCUGACUCUCUGAUGACCAAAAGACUCAAGAAAAGUGAAGCAGAGCAGGUUUUGAACCGGCUUGUGCAGGAUAAGUGGCUCAAUGAGAAAAGAGGAGAAUUUUCCUUGUCUACCAAAUGUAUCAUUGAGAUGGAGCCAUACAUCAGAAGAAUGUAUGAAGACCAAGUCAAAUUGUGUCACAUAUGUCACAACAUUGCUUUUCAGAGCCAGAUCUGCGACAGUCCCACAUGUGGGAUAAAAAUACACAAUCCCUGCGUUGCCAGGUACUUCAAGGGCAGAGUUGAGCCUCGCUGUCCAGCUUGUGAUGAGUUUUGGCCUCACGAAAUCCCUGAAGUACCAAGAUCCAUCUCUCGAAGAUAA